UUAUAAACUAUUUACUAUUGACAUUUGACAGUGAAGUCUCUCAACUCUCCCUCCGGCCUCCACUCUCCAGUCUCCACUCUCCAGUAGUAAAUAUUUUUUAUCGGCCUAAUUGAAAAAACUCAAGAUUCAAAGCCUUUAUUUUUAACUAAUAUAGUAAUUGAAAAAACUAUUGUAGUCUUUAUUCUUCGGCUUUCCAGUGGUCCUUCCUAAACCUGUCGAUCCUGUAUCUAUUUUAUAUUCAAUCGAAAAAAGUAGCUAUUUUAUAUUUUAAUUAAUAUUUAUACGAAUACAAUUUACCAUGUCUGGACGUGGAAGAUUCCGUGGCCAUAAAAACGAUAGAAAUCAUGGUCACAAGUCUUUGUCUUCUGUAGCAAGAGAAGCUGCUAUUUCUUUACCGGAUGAUAGUCCUGUGCUGCAAAUGUUCAAAGUUGCUGCCCAGAAGUUAAAUGAUCGUCAAGAUCGACAUGAGCGAUUGGUCAAGCUUUCUAGAGAUAUUACAAUCGAAAGUAAAAGAAUUAUAUUUCUUUUACAUUCAGCUAUCACGAUUGAAUCAGCUGAAUUAAAAAUAAAUGAAGCAAAUGAACGACUGCAGAAACUAAUUCAGGGUCCCAUUAAAAGUAUUGGAUUGGAACUAGAAAAUAGACCUGCUUACUUACACUCUCGUGCUGUAACUGCUGGUUUCCAGGAAUUUAUUGAAGCAAGAACCUUUUGCUCCUUCUUGGAGAGAAAGUUGCUUAUCUCAUGGUCUGAGGUGCAGAAGGAGCUGGCGUAUGCUAUGGAUGUAAAGUCAGUAACUACUAUGUUGACGCAAUCUGAUUAUAUGUUAGGAUUAGCAGAUUUGACAGGAGAAUUGAUGAGAAAAGCUAUUAACAGUAUUUCAAGUGGUGAUUCUAAUGAUUGUUUUGAGUCAUGUCAGGCAGUAAAAGAUCUUUACACUGGAUAUUUAGGAUUAUUUGGCAUAGAUAGAGAGUUAUCUCGUAAAAUGUCAACCACACGCAAUAAUGUGUUCAAAGUAGAAUCAGCUGUGUAUGCACUCAAGGUGAGAGGUGGUGAAGCACCACCCACAUUACUACUUGCAGCUCAACCAGAUUGGGAGCGCAAUAACCAUUCUGAUGAUGAAGGAUUUUUUUAAUUAGUAUGUUUAAGUUGAAGUAAAUAUGGAAAUAAAAAAUAAAUACACUGCA